AUGACUGAUGAUAAUAUAUGGGUUGCCGCUGGUGAUGGAAAUAUAGAACGCGUCAAAGUUCUCUUAUCCACCGGAAUAUCCCCAAAUAUUCAAGAUCAAAAUGGUUACACACCAUUAGCUGCUGCUGUUUCUUAUAAUCACAUCGAACUCGUCGAAUUUCUCUUGUCUCAAGGUGCUGAUAUAAAUUUCCCUGAUCAUGAUGGCGAUACAGUUUUGCAUCUGGUGGAAACUGUUGAAAUGGCUCAAAAAUUACUUGAUCUAGGCGCUGAUCCAUUUCUCACUAAUUCGGAUGGGAAAACUCCUGCCCAAGUUGCAUUUGAAGAAGAACAUUUUGAUGUGGCUAUGCUCCUGAGUUCCAAAACUGGUGAACUAAUUCAAGAAAAUAACUUUGAUGAUGAACAU